AAGAUUGCUUGACUGUCAGUCAAAAGAAAACGAAAAGAUACACAAAACGUCAAUGGACGCACAGUCCGCGCAGAAAAUUCCAAAGUGGGCCACAAAUUUUGCAGUUUUUCAGUGAAAUAGUUGGGAAAAUCCGCCCAAAAAUGCACGAAAUUACUAUCGAUAGUUGCAAGCUGUAAAUGCGCUAUGUUUUGGUGGUUAUUGUGUUUGUUUCGGUUCGGAAAGUUGAAUUCUAAAUCAGCGAGACAGUGUUUUGUCUAAAGUGAAGAAACAGGGAAAGCCAAAAGAACGGAUCCAUAAUACAAAGAAAGUUUUUCCGGAUAGAGUGGAACGAAAGCAAACAUGAUUGCGGCAAAAAAAUGGUUUGCGUUGUUCUUGUUGGCUUGUGUGGUUUGGAUGCAAUCCGUAGUAGAAUCUGCUUCGUCGGAUGGAUUGUCCACGGUGGGAGGAGAAUUCGACGAUCCCUCGGACGAUGAGGAAGGUUAUUGCGCUCCGUACAACGGGAAGGUGUGUAAAACGUUUGUCAAGGGACGGCAAGUUUGGUACAACAGGGACGGUUCCGGAGGCUGGCUGAAUGAGCAGAUCACUACUGCACUGUUCCGGGAUCUGAUUACGGACCUUCCGGACUAUUGCAGACCGGCUGCGGAGAAAUUGCUGUGCGCCUUUGCGUUUCCCCAAUGUGUCAUCAGAGACGGAGUGACGGUUCGAUUACCGCUAUGCUACGAAGACUGCGUGGCAACUCAUCUGCAGUUUUGCUACAAUGAUUGGGCCUUGAUUGAGGAGAAAAAGGAACGUGGUGACGUUAUCAAAUCCAGAGGCCACUUUAGGUUGCCAAACUGUGAGGAUCUUCCCCGGUACAAUAAGACUGCCCGUCACUCGACAUGUUCGCAUGUUGGUCUCACAGAACUGAUUCAAGAGGAAGUUACAUAUGAUUGUCGCAUGGGCAAUGGGCGUUACUAUCUUGGAACGGUAAAUGUCACAGCGACCGGAAUACCGUGCCAAAAGUGGGAUUCCCAAGAGCCGCACUCUCAUCACAAGCCACCGCUGGUUUUCGCUGAGCUACAGGAUGCGGAGAACUACUGUCGGAAUGCCGGUGGCGAAGAACCGACCCCGUGGUGCUAUACGACCGACAAAGCCGUUCGCUGGCAGGCCUGCGAUAUUCCUUUAUGCCCCAACUCAACCGACAUGAGUGCCACCAAAAAACCCGUGAAUAUUGUGAUGGAAUCGGUAUUCACUCCGUCAAUGAUAUUCUUGCUUUCCGGAAUUGGUUUCGUUGCAAUCGUUUUAUUGCAUCUUUUGGUAUUCCUAUGUUACCGAAUCGCCCGUUACAAUCGCAAUCGCCGCCAAGGUGCCGCCGGAUAUAAUACCACCUCAACCCAGGACACGCAAGGCAUCGACAUCAAUAAGCUGCCCAGCAAUGUGAAUUAUCAUAGAACAGGCGCCCAAUUGAAUCCAAAGCUGGAGAAGCUCGAGUUCCCACGCAACAAUAUCAUUUACAUUAAGGAUUUGGGCCAAGGAGCAUUUGGGCGCGUUUUCCAGGCCAAGGCUCCCGGACUGAUAGCUGGAGAAGACUUCACGUUGGUAGCUGUGAAAAUGCUCAAAGACGAAGCUAGUCAAGACCUGCAGGUGGAUUUUGAACGGGAAGCAUGCUUGCUUGCAGAAUUCGACCAUCCGAAUAUAGUCAAACUGUUGGGAGUGUGUGCCAUUGGGCGACCAAUGUGUCUUCUGUUCGAGUUUAUGGCCCGAGGCGAUUUGAAUGAGUUCCUUCGACAAUGUUCGCCCUUCGCACAGCAAAACCGAGCUGAUAACAUCACCACUGAGCUGUCUCACGGCGAUUUGCUCAGCAUAGCGUCGCAAAUCGCUUCCGGAAUGGUUUAUCUUUCGGAGAGGAAAUUCGUCCAUCGGGAUCUGGCCACAAGGAACUGCUUGAUCGAUGAUAAUAUGGUCGUCAAGAUAGCCGAUUUCGGCCUGUCGCACAAAAUCUACCUCCAGGACUAUUACAAAGGCGAUGAAAACGACGCCAUUCCGAUUCGUUGGAUGCCUCUGGAGAGUAUCCUCUACAACAAGUACACCAUCGAGUCCGACGUUUGGGCGUACGGUGUUUGUCUGUGGGAGAUCUUCUCGUUCGCCAUGCAACCCUACUACGGCAUGACGCACGAAGAGGUCGUCAAGUUUGUCAAAGAAGGCAACAUGCUGAGCUGCCCGGAGAAUACGCCGCUUACGGUGUACGAUCUGAUGCGGAAGUGCUGGAGCAGGAAACCGGCGGAUCGGCCCAGCUUUCCGAUAAUUUUCCAAAAGCUGCAGCAAAUCCGGGCGGAUUUCGACGGGAAGAUGCUGAUGUAGUCGGUUCGGUAAGUAGUUUGCUUGCCAUGUUUUUUAAACAUUUGGUUGAAUUUUUCGAAGUACUGCCAUCCCGCUUUAAGAGUUUUCGCAAAUUUGCAUUGACGUGAGAUUUGAAAGACUAACUGACAGUGACUGAUUUAUUUUAUCUCAUUUUUUUAACGUAAUAUGAGCCACAAGGUGCUUGCAUACUGAACAGUAUUUUUAACAAACGUCCAAUUAGAACAGAACAUCACACAUAUGCUUUAGACAUGAGGAAGUUAAACAGUCACGGUACGAUUGAUUUUCGAUAGAGUUAAGGUACCGUAAAACGGGGCGAAUAGAAAAAGUGGGGCGAAUAGAAACAAAGCGACCUUCAGUUAAAAAUGCGACUAUUAUGCAAUGAUAAACUUUAGAAACCUGCUGAAAUAUAUUUUUUUAUUA